AUGUCUUCGGUCGUUGACACACUGAAGGAAGGCGGAAGGCAGAUUGUUGCCGGAGGAUCUGCUGGUCUCGCAGAGGUUUUGGUAAUGUAUCCUUUAGAUGUCAUCAAGACUCGUUUACAAGUUGGGCAGCAUGACAAGGGAAUGGUGGAUUGCGUACUGAAAACAUACCGUAAUGAAGGGAUUGGAGGAUUUUACAAGGGUAUUCUUCCUCCAAUUUUGGCCGAAACUCCAAAACGCGCCACAAAAUUCUUCACAUUCGAGCAGUACAAAAACCUUUUCACUCACAACGACGUUCCGAUGCCAGUUACCAUGUCGAUCGCCGGCUUGUUUUCCGGAUUGACCGAAGCCGUUGUCAUUUGUCCGUUCGAGGUUGUCAAAGUUUGCCUGCAAGCUGAUCGAAACACGUCGAUUUCGCAGCAACGCUCAACUGCUUCAAUGGCUCGAGAGAUUAUUAAAAAUGAGGGCAUUGGAAGGCACGGCCUGUACAGAGGCUUUGGAGCAACUCUUGGACGACACGGUUACUGGAAUAUGGUGUACUUUGGCUUGUAUCAUAGUUACAAAGAUAUGCUUCCGGAUGCGAAGGAGAAUCCCAGCCAGCAUAUGAUGGGUCGAAUCGCUCUCGGGUUCACUGCUGGAUCGCUCGCAUCCGUCUUCAACAUUCCAUUUGAUGUCGCGAAAAGCCGAAUUCAAGGUCCUCAACCAGAUCCAAAUGUUCGAAAAUACUACGGGGCAAUUCAGACUAUUAGUCUUGUCUACAAGGAGGAAGGAUUUGCCGCACUUUACAAGGGACUCCUUCCAAAAGUUAUGCGUCUCGGUCCAGGCGGAGCAAUAAUGCUCAUUGUCUAUGAUGAAGUCUACAAAUGGCUUAAAGUGAACACAUAA